AUGACAGAAUCGAAUAGUACUACGAAUAAUACUGCAGCUUUAUCGCCUAAAAAAGAUUGGUUAUUUUGGAGUAAAAUUGUUGCAACACAAUAUCUUAUUCGACACUCAUUUUGGAAAAGUUUUUCCUUACCAAUUAUUAUCGGACAACUAUCGGCAAAUACACAAAAAGAUUAUACUGGAUCACAUUAUAUUUUAAUUGUAUAUAUUCUCAUAGCAUUUCAUUUUUUAAGUGGUAUUUUUGUUAGCGAUAGAAAAUUUCGACAUGCACUUGGAUUUUUACCACAUAUUGUUGGACUUGGAUGUACAUCUUAUUUAUUAUAUUCAAAUAUACUUCAACAAUUGACUCCUUGGUUAAAAAUUCGUAUAAUUAUUCAUUCACUUGGUACAAUGGCAACAUUUUGUUUUAUUGCUAGUUUACAUACAACAAGUGUAUCAUUUCGAUCAAUAUUACGUCGUAUAUCAACAUAUUUAAUUGUUUUUUAUUUUGUUCUUAAUGCUUAUAUACUUUGGUGGUCAAAUGAUGAGACAAAAUUAUUUAAAAAUUUCUUUUGGACAGUUAUUAUUCGUGUACAUGCAAUUAUUUUCUUUUUAGUUUCAGGUGGAUUUUGUUUAGAUAUAUUUCUAAUACAAUCAUGUCAAUUAGCAUUUUAUUUAAUUUGUUCAAAUAUUAUCUUAGAUAUAUGUAUACUUUAUAGAACAAAUCAAUGGCAUACCAAUUUUUGGUUACUAAUAGAUUAUAUUAUUGAUGAUAUAGCUAUGCUUUGUGGAUGUUUUUAUUUAUAUCAAUUUAAUUUAUAUAAAAAAAUUAAAUUGAAAAAAACUGACUAA